AUUGACUUUGGAGGCUAAGUGAGGGACAAUAUAACACUCCCACAACCCCCCAUUCGAACUCCCAGAGAUAAGAGAGAAGGAAAGAGCCACACAACCAAGAAAACAAAGGAAAGAGCAAGCUGUCCGCAGGGUGAAAUUCCAGUGCGUAAGGUUACUUGUUUGCUUCAUAUCUCGUGCAAUACUUAAAUAAAUAAGGCUUGUGAGGUGCCCAGAGAAAUCUCUCAAGAAGAGGAAUCCGUCAAGGUCUAGUUUGCAUCAAUCGGAGUAGUGGAAGGCUUCCAAAUCUUUGGAAGAAAACACAACCUCGCAGAAAACGGAUUUGCUCCUCUAAAGAAACAAGUCGCCGGAAAACACCCAUUCUAGGGGUUGUUUUCAUAUCAACGAUUAGAGGUUGAGCUACCACUUUGAGGAGGCUGUUUAGCACUCAUUUCUAAGCAAGGAAUCAGUUCUUAAUCCACCUUUACCAAAGCUUUGACCAUUGAAUCAAGAAGGAAAGGUUUAAAGCUCAUUUGAGGUGAGGAUGACCGAAUAUAUUGCUUAUAAUUGUUGGGUUAAUUUCAUAAGAUUACCUAAAUAAAAUAAAUGUGUUUGGCAUGAAUUAUUAAUGAUUAAUAAUGCCUAAAAAAGAGGAGACCAUUGUCUACAAAGAAAAGGAGCAUAAUAUACAAAUUUAAGAAUAAAUUGUGUAUGAUUAUGUGUUGUGAGUAUGUUGAUUUGAGAAUGGAAUUAACUAUGAAACUUAUGUUGAAAUAUACUUUUUACUUCAUAUAAGAAUAUAUGAGUGAUUAAAAGUAUUAUUUUGUAUAUUGAUAUAAACUAUAUUUUCAACGGAAAAUUAGUUUCGGAAUUGUGCUUAUGACUAUGAAUUGAGAAUUCGGUUGAUAGAAUUUAUCCGACUAGUAUUAAAAUACUAGUCAGGGUGUUGGGAUGAGAAUAUGUUAGAAUUGAUCUAAAGAUUGGAUUGUGAAAUGUUGAGCCUUAAGUAGUCUUAAGAGAUACUAAGGUGGAUAAAUAUGAACUUUAAGUGAUACUAUGGGUAGGCCUUAAGGGAUACCCAAGAUAAAGUGAAUAAUAAAUUGAUUCUUUGUAGGAUUGGCCUACGGGUGUAUUUCGGCAGUCUUUAAGGAUAACCGGUUGAAUAUUGGUAAAUAGUAAGGACCAUGGCCCUUCCCGACUCUAGAGAGCGGGGUUGGAUAGCAUGGACUUACACCGUGAUCACGGGUUAGGGUGGAAUCCGAACCGGAGACCUUACGAGGCUCCUGACAGCGGUAACACAUAAUAUAGGACCCCGAAUGGACCUUACCUUCCUACGGGAUGAUGGGUAUGAGUCCAGGGGCGGGAUGAUGGACUCCGGCCCGAGGGCCCGAUGAGGCCUCGGAGAGCGGUGACAAGUCUCGUAAGGAUGUUAAGACCUACGGGCGGUGUCGUGUAAACAACGAAUGCAAUGGAAUAUAAAAAGGGGCCGCGUGCCGCCAAAUUAAUUAAUUUAUUAUGAAGAUAAUAAGGGUUAAAGAAGAACUAUCAUUAUAUUAUGAUAUCACUAUAUUUGAGGGUCUUAGAAAUUGAAACAUUGAUUAUACCUAUUAUAGUUGUCAUUGUACUUGUCAAAUGCUUCCAAGUACUGACCCCCCUUCACGGGAGAGGCCAUCUCACAGUUUCAGGUAGAAGUUGAGCUUGCUACCAGUGUUCGUUGCUUAUCGUGACGAAACAAUUGCAGAAGCAAUCUCAAAGCGGAAUUCCAUAAUUUUAUGUCCCAAAAAAAGAAGAGAGUUUGAAUUGCCGGUUGGCUUUUUCCAACCAAGAAAGACGGAUUCUAAGAGAAUAAACUACUACUGGCUCGAUCUAUCUUUCUCUUUUUUUUCCCCGAACCUAGAAAAUGCUUAAUAUGUUAGUUAGGCACGAGGUGGGUGCUCGCCAGGGUCUACCCGUAGUUGAGUGCUCCUUGUUGUUCGAAUCUUGAACGGAUCCGAGCUUCCCAAGCUCUAUGCUUUCAGCAGUUAUCCGCUCCGCACUUGGCUACCCAGUAUAUAGCAUGAAGGCUUGGUGAGGUGCCUCUGGAACUUCAUCCUCGACUUGAAAGGUAGCCAGGCUAGAGAGAUCGGCUUUUCCAAGUUAGGUCUAUCUAAACUCAAACCAUCUAUCAGAGUAAAAUGAAUAAAGGGACCUCGGGGCAUCUUGAAAAAGCAGCUUUCAAGGUCUCGUCGCUUCGGUGAAUCACUUGAGCCCUGAUAUAUUUUCGGUGCCAUGGAGCUAGACCAGUGAGCUAUUACGCUUUCUUUAAAGGAUGGUGUUUUUGGUUUACUCAAAGUCUGUCUUCUAUUUUAACCUAAAGUCUAUUUUCUUCAUCGAAUAGCGCCCUACCUUACCACUUUACUAGUCAGGGAAAAGCCCUUUACUAAUCAAAUUGAAUAGAUAGGCAGGUCUUGCUUCAUAUUUGUUAAUUCAUUUCUGGUUUACCGUUUUCGUUUGAUUUCAAAAACCGCUCCAUUUCAUUAAAUAGAGCCGAAUUCUCCUUGUUUAAAAACGCAACAAGCAUUUCUCAUGGAUCGCGCGAGUUCUGGAGAGAAGAGAAAGUUUAAGGCCAUGGCUGGUUCGUCUGAUCCAGUACAAAGGUAACUAAGAAAGCUUGGACGAAGUAACUAGAUAGAUUGUUCGUUGCAUUCCAAAAUAGAAAAUAGAUUCGCCUUCUUUUAAAAAAGAAACUAUUUUAGUAAAAUUUAAUUGUCUCAACUCCCGGGGGACAUUGUUCAUCCCCAAUUGUUUCCCAUUACAAUGAGAAAGAGGUAAACGUCCCCCCCCCAUAAAAACACUGAGAGCCCAGGCGCAUCUGAAAUGAUAAGAAAUCGCUUCCCGUUUAGCUCCUGGAGGGGGUCCACUAUUUUUUUCUUAUGUGCAAUAACUUCGGCAAAGCCACAAAAAGAUCAAGUGGGCAAGCGAGAGAUUUAGAUGCAUCCGUUCUGAAAGUGAUCUUUCCGAAUCAAGAUAUAGAAUAACAUCCCACACAUAAGCAUAUUCAGAAGAUGCUUUGAGUGAAAUCGUUUGGGUGAAGCUUGCGAACUGAACACCUAUUUCAAUGCAGCCAAUGGAAGGAAAUUCCCAAGCAAUCCACUUGCUUACCUUCAUACUUGGCUCAGUUUUAUUCGAAUAGAAAGGACAUCCCCUUAUUCGGUCGCGAUUCCUGAGGUUGACCCGCCUUCGAAGAAUCGGGCAACAAAGAUUCAAUAAAGAUAUGUACAUAUAUCUCCACAAUACAAAGGUCCGAAAUUGUGUCCGUCUAAGCGUUGUAGCUGAGAAGUACAAGUCACUCUAGACGCUUUAUCAUUAGCUCAUUGGAUUCGUCUGGGAAUAAGCAUUUCGGAUUGGAAACUCAUCGUCAUACUGGAUGUCCUCAUAGCAAAGGUGAACUUCGAGUGAAGAGAGUAGAAGUUCUGAAUACACAGAGUCUGUCCUUUUGCUGUAAUAUAGUUAUCUUUGUGAAAGGUGAAAUUUAUGGUAUAAUAGUUUGCAGAGAUAAAAAAAUAACUCGGAAUAGCAGAUCGUCAACCGGUCGGGGACCAGUGAAUGAAGAUGAGGUGCAAAGGUUGGAUUAUUCAUGAAUAACGAAAAGGUCGGACUAUUAAAAGAAGACCGCUAAAAGAUACAUUUCUGCGUGCGAGGCUACUUGGCGCAUAUUUGGGUUUGAAAUUCAAUAUAAGACCCCGGCAGUUGAACGUAUGAGCUUCCAUUUUCCGGAAGAACAAAGUGUUAUCUUUCGCGAUGAUCAGCCUUUGGAUUCACUGGUAUGAGUGCUGGACAAAAAGUAUUAAUUCUUAGAUUGUCCUUGACGUCAUCCGAUGCCAGCUUGCCUUUCAAAUUUCAUAGGCGACAACAUCCUGUUAUGACUUCGUAUGCUAUGACAAUAAAUAAAAGUCAAGGUCAAUCUUUGUCCUGUGUUGGGUUGUUGUUGAAAAAAUCGGCAUUUACCCACAGACAGUUGUAUGUUGCAGUAUCAAGGGUUACCAAUAAUUGUGGUUUGAAAAUUCUAAUUGUUGAUGAAGAUGGAGGAACCACUAACAAAACUCGGAAUGUUGUAUUCAAAGAAGUGUUCAACAAUGUUUAAGUUUACAUUAAAUGCAUAUUUACAAUGUUAUGAUUUCAACGUAUUUGUUGGAUGUUUUUGAUCUUUUAAAUAAUGCUUAGUACUCUCAUUUUGACCAUAA